CCUAGCUCUCUUCUCUGCUCUAAGAACUUUUCGUCUCUUCUUCUAAAGCUUUUUUUUUGGUUUCUCUGUUAUUGUGAUAACAAUGUCGGGUAAAGGAGAAGGUCCUGCGAUCGGUAUCGAUCUUGGUACUACCUACUCAUGUGUAGGAGUGUGGCAACACGACCGUGUUGAGAUCAUUGCUAAUGAUCAAGGUAACCGAACCACGCCGUGUUACGUUGCUUUCACCGACACCGAGAGGUUGAUCGGUGAUGCUGCGAAGAACCAGGUCGCUAUGAACCCUGUUAACACUGUCUUCGAUGCAAAGAGGUUGAUUGGUCGUAGAUUCAGUGAUGCAUCUGUCCAAAGCGACAUGUUAGACUACUAUGCGGAAGCGUGAAACCGGAAACGUACCUUCACCGGUUUAGUGACGAAUAUGGCAUGAAUCGUCUGAGAACUGAUGCAGAGAUCGGGGUUGAAAUCACAGAUGGAAAUCAACCACAAGCCACCGUUCAAGUGCUCUUUCCGUUGAUCUCUCGAAGCUUUCUCUCUCUAGAAUGUUUUACUCUCUCUCUUUCAAUGUCAAUGGACACAAGUGUUGUCCAAGUUUUUUUUCAUGUCUCUGCGUAAUCCUCCUUUUAUAUACAAGGCAAGAGACUUCACGAACAGCCACAAAUGAGUUUCGCAUCUUUUAGAAAACAACUUCUCUAUUACACCGGUUCAAUUAAACCGGUUCGGUAUGCUCCAAAUCAUGGGCGCAAACCGACCACAAACCAACAUCUCCCACUCGCACAUGAUAGGGAGCAUAAUUAAUACUAGAGAAAUAUUAGAGUUCAGCUCGAGAAUCGAAACAUGGAAACCAUACAACAAAUGAACUGUGCGACCCUGCGAGUACACCUGCACUUGGGAGCUAAACUAUGCACCUGUUAGGAAUACAUAACUGCUACAACCCUAAAGAAAAUAAUUGCAUUUCAGCAUGUCUCGCUGUCCCCCAAACUCAUUUAUCUUUUACAUCAAUCUUAACAUAUCUUAUCCCUAUAGCAUAUGUUAGACAUUUCACAUCAUGUGUUCACUAUAUUCAAACUCCAAUUGAGCGAUAUAGUGGCUGGCCAGCAAACACAUAUGUCAAUGUAAAAUCAAAUAGUUUUUCCCUUCCGUACUUAUGUCUAUCCAUUCUAAACUAACCGCUUUCCUAGCAUGUCCCAUAAGGCUAAUUAUUCCAUCACCAUUGGAUAAACAUACUAAAGUAGCGAACAUUAGCUUAUCCCUUCAGAACAUAGACGAAGGUUCAAGGGUAACUCUUGAAACCAUAGUGUGGUUUAUAGGAACUCACAUUGCGGAUGAUAGGGAUUAUAAAUAAAAUAUCAUUCGCUUCCUAUAUUGUCGGACUAGCACAUGUGGUAUGACUCACAUGUCAUAGUAGUUAACUCUUUUCAAAAAAAAUAUGUCAAUUGGUUAAACCAAGUACUACUAUGAGGAUCAAGCUACUAUCAUCUCGCUGUCUAGCGCCUGAUUAUGUACUUAUCCCGCUCUUCCAAGUAUUCAUGAUUUUGGGUCAAUCAUGAUUGAUAUCUUAAUAAGCAUAUCUCAUCUUGACUCUUUAUCAAGGCAACAUUAACUAGCCUUACAAAGGCAAGCUCCCACUAGCGCCA